AUGGGGAUGCUCGUGGUGCAGGUCUUGGUCCUUCUCCCCGCAGUGUUCAAGAAGGUCGACUCCAUCUCCAGUGACAUCAGCUCGGCCCAGAGCUACUACGAGCAGAAGAUCUCRUCCAUCCAGGAAGGUCUCCAGGAGCUGGGUGAGCAUCGGGCCUCCCAACCACCCCAUGUCCCUGUGGUGGGCACCAGGGGGGAGCUGCUGCAUGGAAGCGAUGGGUACGCCCAGCCCGCCGGGAACUGCUCCGCGUGCRGCGCCGCGGGGCGGCUGGGCGAGGAGCUGCGCGGGCUGCAGGGCGAGCUGCGCGCGCUGCAGGCCACGCUGCAGGCGCAGGAGGCGCAGGUGCUGCUGCUGCACGCCGCGGCGCUGCAGCUGCAGCUGGACAACGUGUCGGCGGCGCUGGACGAGCACGGCGAGAACGCGCAGGACCUGCGCUACCACGGCGCGCACGCGCGCGCCCGCGCGGCCGAGCGCUUCGAGAGCCUCGAGGGGCGCAUGGCGGCGCACGAGCUGGAGCUGGGCACCAUCGCGGCCAACGUGAACGCCACCGACGGGCACGUGCACAGCAUGCUGCGCUACCUGGACGACGUGCGGCUCUCCUGCACGCUGGGCUUGCACAGCCACGCCGAGGAGCUCGGCUACCUCAACCGGUCGCUGCGCCGCGCGCAGGGCGCCGCGGAGCUGCUGCGCGAGCGCUUCGGGCUGCUCAGCGCCCGCCUCGACUUCGACGUGCGCAACCUCUCCAUGCUCGUGGAGGAGAUGAAGGCGGUGGACGCGCGGCACGGGGAGAUGCUGAGGAACAUCACCGUGCUGCGAGGUGAGCCGCGCGCACAGGGCCCUUGGCACCCUCRGGGUCCCCAUGGGGAUGGAGCCUUGGGGACAUGGGCAGGGAUGGGCGCGUUGGUGGCCAUGGGCGGUGAGGAUGUGGAUGAGGAUGAAACUGCUUAUGAGAAUGAGGAUAGGGAUGAGGAUGAAUAUGAGAAUGGAGAUGAAGAUAAGGAUGAGGACAAAGAUGUGGAUGAGGAUGUGAAUGAGGAUGUGGAUGAAGAUGGGGAUGAGGAUGGGGAUGACGAUGAGGGACAAGGAUGGGGAGCGCCAGGAGCCGCCGGAGAGCCGGGGAAACCGGGAAUGCCGGGGAAAGCUGGAGCCGCCGGGAGGAUGGGGCCGGCGGGAGCCAAGGGGGAGCCCGGCACGCCGGGGCUGCCGGGGCCACCGGGGCCGCCGGGGCCACCGGGGCCACCGGGGCAGUGA